GCUUUUCGACAACCGGAAGCACUUCCCUGUUCAGAAUGUAUAGCAACAUGCGUGUUCAAGUUGGGCACGGCUAACUCACUAUUGAAAGUAUGUGUGUACUCUUAAUGUGAGCGCAGUUGUGCUGCCUUUUUGUUUGUUUGUUUGUUUUUUGUUUAGUAAUCAAUUCGUCAAGUGACAGACAUGUCCGUGAACACACCACAGCACGAUUUGAUCCCGAUGAUCUACCGACACCUGAAGUCGCAUGGUUUUACUUCGGCUGCAGAUGAGCUAGGGAAGCACAGCACACAGUUGGACGCAAACAGUAACGUGUCAUUACUGGAUAUCUACAGUUCAUGGUUUGAGAACUCAACAAAGACGCAAGCCCCUUCAACGCCUUCGAACUCCAAGUCGAAAAAAACUCAAUCAAAAGAUCUCUCCAAUCACAAUGGGAAGUCAAAAAUGUCUUCAUCCAAGAAAGCUACAAAGAACAACAAGGCCAAGUUGCAAAAAGACCUGGCCUCAGCCAAGGUCAAAACUCCCAAGAAAAAAGGCAGCACCUCCACUUCAGAGCUGACAUCUCCAGCAGCUUCAUCAGCAGCAACUCCUUCAGCGGACCCGUCAAAGAAAAAGGCUAAAGUAGAGAACCAAACGGAUGCAGAGAAAAAUAAACCUGUGGCAGCAAAGAGGAGAAAAAGUGAAGGAAAACCUUCCAAAAAUGUCUCGAAUGCAAAGAAAUCAAAGAACCAAACGGAGAGUGAUUCAGACUCUGACAGCAGCCUGGACAUUGAGAAAUGGAGAAAAAUGGCACUGCAGCUGACAGAGGCAGACAUCGCCAAGAUGGACGUCAUCAACGCCUUGGAUUCCUCUGCACCGCAGCCACCGAAACAAAGGGUCAGAACACCCCGAGCCAAGCCUCCCGCAAAGGUUGAUCCUCCCGUCCAAGAGGGUGACCAGAAAGACGGAAAAGAUGAGGAGAAGGAGGAAAAAGCUGCAGCAGAAACACCAACAAAAACUAGUCAGCAUAGUCCCAGGAAGACACUCGUAACGACCUACCCCGCCCUGAGUCAGGAGGAGAUGACCAAGGAGCAGAGACUGGCCAUGCUCACUUUGACUUCAUCACCACAGGUCCUCUCUACUCCAUGUAAUGAAAAGAAUGAUGAGAUAGUGUCUGAGUCCAAGAAGAAUAAGAAGAGAAAGGAGACAGUGGAAAACAAGGUGGACAAAAACGCAGCAGAGCCUGGAGAAGAUGAAAAAGAAAAUGAAAGUAAUGAAAGAAAAGGUAAAUCUGUGGAAAAGAAAAAGAGGAGGAAUACCAUUACGGGGAUGGAAGGAGGGAGCAGAACAGUUGAAGAUAGAGCAGAAGUGAUGAAAACAAAUGGCAGCAGAGAUUUUGAUAAUGAGGAAUCUGCCGAGUCAACGGUGCGGUUAAAGAAACACAAGAAGAAGAAAAAAGAGAAAGGUGAGAAAAAAUCAGAGCAGACAGCUGAGCUAGUGGCUGUAGACGACACAGAGCAGGGAUGUGAAGAAAAGAAAGUGAAAAAGAAGAAGUCAAAGAAGAAAGGUGACAAGGAGACAGAAACAUCAGAGCAGAUGGUAGAGGGAGAAAUGGGGGAAAGGGAGAAGAGAGGGGAGACAGAGGGUGAGGAGAGCUCAGAGCACGUUGUCAAAGAAAAGAAAAAGAAGAAGGAAAAAAAAGACAAAGCUGAGAAAAUGGCCGUUGAAGAAGAGGGAAAGACGUCAGAACAAACUGUUGUAGAAGACACAACGGAGGAACAGACAGAGCAGACGCCUAAAGUCAAGAAAAAGAAAAGACUCCUGUCAUUGAACAGUACGUUUGUCGACACAGAUGUACUUCUUCCUCACAUACAUGAGACGCCAUGUCCUCCAACAGAGAAGAAGAAAAAGAAGAACAAGUUGAACUCAUCAGAGGUUCCAGAGACUCCGGAGGUUUGUGUCCAGGUCAGCGAAGCAGCAGAAAGUCUCUCAACUCCCUUAAUUGGUUCCCACAAAAAGAAAAAGAAAUCCAAAAGUCACAAAGACGUCUGACACAUCAUUGAUUAAUUAUUGAACUCCUGAAAACGUAAAGAUGAAUUCCUUUACUGUGUGACUGUACAAAUUCUGUCUUUUUAUUGUGAUUUUGUGGUAAUUUAAUUUGUUUUAGGUAGGAGUAUAUGGAGGGUGAUAUCAAUUUGAUAAAAAUCAAUGUCAGAAUCCGUUUGGAUUCUGAUAUAUUUACAUUAGACGUCAGAGUAAGUUUUAGCUUUUUUAAAUCAGCAAUCAAUCAAACAAAACUGUAGCUCAUGCUUGUUUUCAUCUGAGAAGUCCUGUCCCUGUGUCUCUUCUCUACAUCCUUCACAAAAAUGGACUGAGAGGAUUCUGUUGUCAGUGUUAACUCUUUUCUGGUUUUUGAUAAAACAUCCAUUAUUUUUCUUUUUUAAUAUAUCAGGUGAACAGGUUAUGUAUUGUAAAUGUAUUUUUUAUCAGAAAAAAACAUUUGGUUAUGCUAAUCAAGGUGAACAUUGUGCUUUUCUACAAAUUAAACACCAUGGUUUUGUAA